AUGGUCGAGGGAGAUCAGCUGUGCGGUAUAGAUGGGUUGGGACAAGCCUUGGCCACUACUUUUGUGUAUUUUCUCAUGGGGUUGUACAAAUACAUUAAGAAGAGAAAAGAAAUCAAGCUCAAGAGGUACUUCAAAUGCAAUGGUGGUCUUUUGUUGGAAAGUGAGCUAUCUUCACUGGAAGGCAAUUUCGAGAAAAGUAAAUUGUUUGACUCCAAGGAUUUAGAGAAGGCCACUGAUAAUUUCAACACCAAUCAAAUACUUAGGCAAGAUAAAAGUGAUGUGUAUAGCUUUGGAGUUGUCAUUGUUGAACUCUUAAUGGGACAAAAGCCAAUUUCAUUGCUAAGGGCACAAGAAGGAAGAAGCCUCGCGACUUACUUCAUAAUUGUGAUGGAGGAGAAUCGUGUUUUCAACAUUGUCGAUGCUCAUGUGUUAAAAGAAGAUAAGAAGGAAGAGAUUGCUUCAGUUGCUAAUCUAGCGGAAAGGUGCUUAAACUUAAAUGGGAGGAAGUGGCCUACAAUGAAAGAAGUGGCAAUGGAAUCGGAGGGGAUAAGGAAGCGCCAUAACCGUUCAGGUAUUCAACAAAAUCAAGAGAACCGUGAGCCAAGUGAGUCUUAUGAUGCCGUCUAUACAUCUAGCAAGUCAAGCAUUGACAUGGAUGUCAUCAUAUUUUCCGAUGUGCAACCAAUCUUACCUAAUGGCACGUGGUGA